AUGUCUGUAUCGAAGAAGACCCUCGUGAUCGCCUCUUUGGCUGCACUUGGCCAUGCAUCCAAACUAGGCCACGCCACCAGAAUGACCCAGGAGGCUAUGGAAGUGAGCCCCCUUUUCGGCUAUGGUACUAGUGAAAAGGUCCGUGGUGUCAACCUCGGCGGUUGGUUGGUCCUGGAGCCCUGGAUUACUCCUUCAAUCUUCGAUGGUGCCGGCGAUGCUGCCGUCGACGAAUGGUCUCUCUGCACGGUCCUCGGCUCGGAUCAGUGCCGAAGUGUUUUGGCACAGCACUGGAGCACCUUCAUCAACCAGGAUGAUUUCAACGAGAUCGCAGCUACCGGCAUGAACCACGUCCGAAUUCCUGUUGGCUACUGGGCUCUGGAACGCUUGGACGGUGACCCAUAUGUCGAUGGUCAGCUGGAAUACCUUGACCGGGCAAUCACCUGGGCUCGCGCUGCCGGCCUCAAGGUCAUGGUUGAUCUACACGGAGCCCCUGGAUCCCAGAACGGAUUUGACAACAGUGGAAAGCGAGGCUCUAUUGGAUGGCAACAGACCCCUGGCAACAUCGACAACACCAAGUCUGCUCUGAGAGCCUUGGCUAAGCGUUAUGCCGGUGAUACCGACGUUGUCUCCGCCAUCGAGGCUCUUAACGAGCCCAGCAUUCCCGGUGGUGUCGACGAGGACCAACUCAAGCAAUACUACUACGACGCUUGGGGUGUUGCUCGCGAGGUCAGCCAAGACACCACCGUUGUUCUCCACGACGGUUUCAUGCCCACAGAAUCCUGGAACGGAUUCAUGAGCGAGUCGACCGGUGUCUGGUACGUCAUGAUGGACACCCACCACUACGAAGUCUUCGACAGCAGCCUGCUCGCCAUGGACGUCAAGGCUCACGCCAGCAAUGUCUGCAACUUCGUUGACCAGCACGUCUUGCACUCCGACAAGUGGACCAUCGUCGGUGAAUGGACUGGUGCCAUGACUGAUUGUGCCAAGUACCUGAACGGUAAGGGUGUUGGCGCCCGCUACGACGGAAGCUACGACGGUAGCACCAAGAUCGGUGAGUGUGAUGGCAAGUCCACCGGAACCGUGGAAGGCCUUGCACAGAGCGACCGUGACAACCUCCGCCAGUUCAUCGAAGCCCAGCUCGAUGCCUUCGAGAAGGGAUCCGGCUGGCUCUACUGGACCUGGAAGACUGAGGGUGCCCCCGAGUGGGACAUGCAGCAGCAGAUUGCUGGAGGUGUCUUCCCCAACCCUGUUACCAGCCGCCAGUUCCCUACUCAGUGCUAG